AUGGCGGCCGCUUUUCGACCAGUGAACUCACCACUGGCGAUGACUGUUUCCAGAGAAGACGUCAUGGGCCCAUCGUCCUCGACCCCCCGACCUAACACAGCUCCUCAACCGCACCCGUCGAGACCUACAGACGAUGGUACAACCCCGACAAGGGCAACAUUUAAUAUGGCUAGCCAGAAGCCUCUUCCCUCGAGCCCGUUUCCGCAGGGAAUUCAGGUACCCGACCAACCGCUCAAGCCAAAGAUGCCCCAGCGUCACGAUUCACGGCAUUCGAAUAAAUCAGGCGACUCGGGAGACGUAGAUAUGGACGAUUCCGAUGGAGAGACUGGUACUAUCGACGACGGCGUUGGAUCUGACGACGAGAGUGUCGGAGCAGAUGGACCCCGCUCUAGCAAGAAGAAGAAAUCACAACGCUUUUACUGCACUGACUAUCCUCCAUGCAAUCUGAGCUUUACACGCAGUGAGCAUUUGGCUAGACACAUUAGAAAGCAUACAGGCGAACGUCCAUUUCAAUGCCACUGUUCACGACGCUUUUCGAGACUUGACAAUUUGAGACAGCACGCACAAACGGUCCAUGUUAACGAGAAUAUUCCUAUGGAUUCGCUGGCUGCAACUGGUUCUCGGUUUCAACGCCAAAUGCGACCCGAUCGAGUAAGGCAGGCUGGUAAUCGAGCAAGAGCAUCAACAGGCGGCAGCGCGGGCGGUCCCCAACGAGGGCAUUCUAAAUCACUAUCAACAUCGAGCAUUAACAGUGUAAGCUCGGUUGGCUCUGCUUACAGCGUUCAAGAUGCCAGGCGACGACCACCACCUUUGGUCAUGGCUGACCCUCGGUCACGGCUAUCAUUUGAGUCCUACCGAGGGUCUAUGGACGGCGGCUUGCCCCAAUAUCGAGCCGUUUCUCCAAGUGAAUACGGAACCCCUACUUCUUCGACGUUCUCAACCGGGCAGAGUAGCCCUCGAUGGGGGCCUGGUGUAUCUUCUCCAGCAACCUCGCACUCUCGAUCUCACAGCAUGUAUACGACAGGCUCCCGUACACCAGGUCGUCGUUUGAGUGUGCCCUCAGGAAACAACCCGUUCCAAUCUCCCGGCGCACUAGGAGGCAGACCGAUGAUGUUUGGACCCAAUCCUGGCCCUGCCAAUGCUUCGAAUGUGGGUGCUCCUCCGCCAACCAACAAUGGCAUCCCUCCAUCCCCAACUUCCGCGACCUCUCAAUGGCCACGCAGAGAGUCGAUGUCUGAAAGCGAUUGGCGUCGUCGAACCUGGCAUCCAGACAGCCGCAAUAUCAAUGGGAAUCCAAGUCAGCUAAGCUCCGUUGUGAAUCAGUCCUCAGUCCGUCCGAACCCGCCACCGCCGAUCGCGAACCCUUCCAACUCCCAGUCGUCUUUCCGCCUGCCUGGGAUCGAAUCCUUUGACCCUCUUCCACCCCGCCCAGCCACCCCAUCAAGGAGACAGCCUUCGCCAAUGAUUGUCGAUGCGGAACCUUAUGUACGCGGACCCUAUCAACCACAUCUUCCCGAGACUCCGAUGCAGGACGAAAGACGAAAUCUCAACAUGUAUGACGCUAGUAUUCAGCGUGGUCUCAAUCGUCUGGACAUCAAUCAUAACACCCCCCCUCGUGAUAGUGCUGGUUCAUGGGCUUCUGAGGCGAAUAAGGCGGUUCAAGCUCAGGCCGAGCAUGUGCGACUCAACCCACCUGUUGUCCGUUUCGAGGAGCGCCCCUCGGCUUACCAGGGAUCUAAGCCUACAUCUGCCCCGCGGUCGUUUCACCAACACACAAUGUCGGCUCCUUCCAUCACGACGUCUAGAGAAAACAAACGCCGGGGCUGGUAUCAUGGACCGGUGUCUGUUCAGCGGGAUGGCAGAGUGCCGCAGGAGCCGCAGGACCCCCGACUGGCGCACGUUGAACGGAUGGUGCAUCCCAACUUCACUGGUUUCAGUGGAUUUCCUGUAAAGGAAGCCCCUCCUCCUUCUCAUCACCAUUAUCAACAUCCACAGCAACAACAACAGUUGCCCCCUCAGGCUCAGCAGCAGGGCCAGCAGCAUCAGUAUCAGCAGGUCCAACACCCACAGCAGCAACAGCAGCAACAAGGACGACCAGGGAGCAAUGGCUCUCUCGGACGACUGGAAGCCUUGGUUGCCGUUGCAACAAGCGAAGGCUCAACCGCUAAAGCGUACUGA